CCAUGUGCAUUCAUACACACACAUCCACACGCAUGUAUUUGCCCACCUGCCUGUACUGGGAGGCAGGCACUGGUGCGCCCGUGUGCGGGUGCGAGCGCCCCGCCGCACAUACCUGCCUGCCCUUUGCGGGCUCCGCGCGGCGCUGACGCCAUCCAUCUGUCCGCCCGUCCCCGCGCGGGCCGUGCCGGGGGAGCGCAGCCGCGCAGCCGCCCGCUUUGCACCGCCUUUGCACAACGGCAUCGCCUCGCGCUGCACCUGCGCCCGGCCCCAGGUGCGCUGCGGCCGGCCCCGGCGAGCCGCGAUGUCCGCCCAGCCGCCCCCGGCACCGGAGAGCCGCUCCGCCAGCCUGCGCGCCUCGGAGAAGAAGUGCUCAUGGGCUUCUUAUAUGACCAAUUCCCCUACUCUGAUCGUUAUGAUCGGUCUCCCUGCACGGGGCAAGACUUAUAUGUCCAAGAAACUAACCCGCUACCUCAACUGGAUUGGAGUGCCUACGAAAGUGUUUAAUUUAGGAGUCUACCGUCGUGAAGCAGUGAAGUCGUACAAGUCCUACGAUUUUUUCAGGCAUGAUAACAAAGAAGCCAUGGAGAUUCGGAAAAAAUGUGCCUUGGUGGCCCUGGAAGAUGUGAAAGCUUAUCUCCUGGAGGAGUGCGGGCAGAUUGCAGUCUUCGAUGCAACCAACACAACUCGGGAGAGGAGGGACCUGAUUUUAAAUUUUGCUAAAGAAAAUGCUUUUAAGGUGUUUUUUGUGGAGUCUGUCUGUGAUGAUCCUGAUGUGAUUGCUGCCAAUAUCUUGGAAGUGAAGGUCUCAAGUCCUGACUACCCAGAGAGAAACAGAGAGAACGUGAUGGAUGACUUCCUGAAGAGGAUAGAGUGCUAUAAAGUCACAUACCAGCUUCUUGAUCCAGAUGAUUAUGACAAAGACCUUUCCUUCAUUAAAGUGAUCAACGUGGGGCAGCGAUUCCUGGUAAACCGGGUCCAGGAUUACAUCCAGAGUAAAAUUGUCUACUACCUUAUGAACAUUCACGUCCAGCCCCGUACCAUCUACCUGUGCCGACAUGGCGAGAGCGAGCACAACCUUGUUGGCAAGAUUGGUGGAGAUUCUGGCUUGUCAUCCCGUGGCAAACAGUUUGCUCAAACCCUGAAAAAAUUUAUCAAGGAGCAGGAGAUUGUGGAUUUGAAGGUGUGGACAAGCCAGCUGAAGAGAACUAUCCAGACAGCUGAGUCCUUGGGGGUCCCCUAUGAGCAGUGGAAGAUUUUGAAUGAGAUUGAUGCUGGGGUAUGUGAAGAAAUGACUUAUGAAGAAAUUGAAAAUAAGUACCCGGAUGAGUUUGCUCUGAGAGAUCAAGAGAAAUAUCUUUAUCGCUAUCCCGGAGGAGAGUCUUAUCAAGACUUGGUACAGCGCCUAGAGCCUGUGAUCAUGGAGCUAGAACGCCAAGGCAGUGUCUUAGUUAUCGCGCACCAGGCUGUUAUGAGGUGCCUGUUGGCUUACUUCCUUGACAAGAACGCAGAUGAGCUGCCGUACCUGAGAUGCCCGCUUCAUACUGUGUUCAAACUCACGCCGGUUGCAUACGGUUGCAAAGUAGAAAUGAUCAACCUGAAUGUCGAAGCAGUCAACACCCACCGAGACAAACCUUCUGUGAGUACAACCAACCCUUCAAAGAACCAAACCCCCUUAAGGAUGAGAAGAAACAGCUUUACACCUCUGGCCAGUGCGGACACAAUAAAGCGCCCGCGAAAUUACAGUGUUGGGAGCAGGCCUCUCAGCCCGCUGGAGUCUCUCGUAUUCCCAGAGGCUCAGGAUGGGAGUCGCCAUCGGAAGCUACAAGUCAGUGUUCAAGUGGUAACUCAUCUCUGUUAUCCCUUCACACAGUCGCGCACACAACUAACGAUCAAACAGUCACUGAUCAUUUCCAGUGAUUCCAUUUGAAGUGCAAAAGUAGCCACUUAGCAUGUAUACCUUCCAUCACCAUCCAAUCUUGAGAAUAACUUAAGAUGACAAACCUAUUAACACCAUCUUGGAGUGGAACUGUCAUCCAGAAGCAUUACAGUCGCAUGCUGCCGGCAGGGUGACUCUCCUCGCAUAAUGCUGAUUUUCUGGUUGGUUAAUUUAAAGUAGGCCACUCCUCAGCAGGAUGGGUAGAUUGGUAAGAGUAGCGGCCUGUUUACAAGUCCAAAUGCUGUAAGGUAUACGCAGCUAAAUGGUCCUCUCAUCCCAGCGCGAUUUGAUUAGCAGCAUCUUUGCAGGCUCGAUCGUGAUGAGGAGUAGCCAUGCCUCUUCACUCUGCUGCUCCUGCCCUUUUUGUUCUGCAGGCUCUUGGUUCGAGCUGUGAUCAGAGGGUGUUUCAAGGCACUUGAUCAUUCUGUCCUCCUUUUACCAUCUCUGUACAUGAGAGCCAAAAUUUGCAAAAGCAGCCAUAGAUUUUUGGGUGCCUCGAUGUCUAAUUGUCCAACUUCUAAAGUGUCUCAUGUUCAAACCCUACCAUUUUAUUUCCUACUUGCUUUGUUAAAAUGUAGGCCUGACUCGCUCCUUGCUGUGUGCGUGUGGAGCCCCAUUUGCUUUUUUAUUUCUCUUUGUCCCCAGUUCCUUGAGGAACGAGCUGGGGGAGAGAGGUGAUGAUUCUUAUUCCAGUUUCCCAGUGACACAAAGAAAUCCAGCGCAGAAUUGGCUAUAACUGCUUCAGUUGUUGGGAGCCCCAGGGGAGAGACCAAGCAUGGAAGAGGCUGGGAGUUGAACUGUUCUCUGACCUGUAAAGUCAAUAUUAAGACAGAUUGGUGAGCCAGUGUGAGGGUCUUUUCAGAACCAGGCUCUUGCUGCAGCUGCACCUAUGUUGCAUUUUGCUCCUCUCUCCAGGGCCUGCCAUCUUUAGUGAAGCAAUUAUUUCCAGCGUGCUGCUGGACUGCUCUCUGGCACUGAUUGCUGCAGUUCUCUUGGGAAUGACACUGGCUUAUGUAGGAAGGUGAGAGAGGGAGAAAGUGAAGUCUGAUUCCUCCCCAUUAUUUGCUUCUUGUGUCUUGCAUCAGAUAAACAGGGCUCCGAUCAGUGACAAGAUUCCACCUUUUCCUAGGACAGCAGGGCAAGUCACAAUUACAGCUCCCAGUCUCUUAACUAUUUAAUAGACCUCCUUGGGAUCAUUUUUUUCCCCCCUGCUAGCAUAUGAGCUAGUCAAAAAAACAAAACAGAAGAAUGGUUUUUUUUUCAAUGUUAAAGACAGGUUUUUUUCAAUAAAAACCUCUUUAAACAUUCCCUCCGUCUUGUUUCCAGCGGUGGCUUUAUAACCCGGUGCUGCUGUAGUACACAAGAGCCAACAAAUACUUUUGGGAGUAGCCAAAAAUGAAAUAUAACCUAUUUUUGUUGUUCAAGUAGCAUCCCCUGUGUUUGUACUUCAGCCGGCUUAAAGACUGGAGCGUGACAGUUUUAAAAGUUUUGGUCUUGAUUCGCCAGCGCAUUGCAGUUUUCAGGCUGGCCUUGCUCUGUUAUCUGCCAAGCAAUGAAACGAAGUAAUUUCUGAUGAACCCAAAGUUCAAUGUGAGUUCAGUAAUUCUAAGGUGCUUGCAGUAAAACACAUCCCCAACUCUUUGGAAGUGACAGCUAAUAUUGGACAUCCAACUUAAGACCCUUCAGACCAUGCCCUUUUGAAUACCAGGCUCCUUUUGAACGUCAGCCCCUUUAUGGUGCCUAAGUAGGGUGGCCCAUAAAUGGAGAUGCUCAGGACCACUCCUCACUUGUGUGAGUUUGGGUUCCAUCCUAAUGCAAUCGUUUAAAACCUAAAAUAGCCUUUUUUUUUUAAAUUUAGCUUUGUAAAAAUCACUUCUUUUUGCUCCGCCAUUAAUAAGAACACUGCCUAUUAUGAGGGAUGAUGCUGAAUUGGACACAGCCAUAUAAAUGAACGUGCAGCCGGUAAGCUGAAUGACUAGCUCAGCUUUAUCGAUGCUUCAGGGUGCAGUUUGCCUGGCUUGUAUCAUAUCACCGGUUCUCAUAACAAGUCUGCGAUGGUCUCUUCCCAACGUGAGAUUCUGGGGGUUGUUUUAGCUCUCAUCUCGUUUGCUGCAAUGCUUUUUGUUGGGGAGGGGAUUUCAGUCUUUAUUACAACGCGGUAUAUGCUAUCUUGUGCUAUUUCUUUUUCCUUUGCAGCCUCAAGUGGGAAAUGCUUGCGUGUGAGUACCACUGAAAAGAGCUUGUAUGCAUUGUCUCUCUGGGUUUGUUUAGUAAGUAGGAAUUAUCUUGAAUCUAGCUGCAUGGAAAUUGCUUUGGAAGUAAAAUCAAUGCAUGGGGCAGAAGGGGAUCAUUUUGCCUUUUGUCCCGCAAAUUAAAGCGAGGCCGUUUUGGGGGAGGCAUACAUACGUGUGUUGCUUGAUGCCAGUCAUCUCUCUGCAGAGGCAAGCGUGAGAGUCCAAAGAGGAUUGACUAGUGCAUAUACAGUGUGUAGGCCAUCUGUGGGAUGACGCCUUUUACCCCAGAUCAGCAAGAUCAUCGGGCCCAAAAGAACAAUGUAGCUUGCGCCAAAUCCACCCUUGGGGUCACCCCACAGAGGUCAUUCGGCGGGAUUACACCAGGGGAGGAUUUGGGCCUGGGUGCCGGUCUGCAGCAUGAAAUGCUGACAGCAGUAGUUAGCUGUGGAUCAGAGCACCAAGUUUCCCUCCUGACACGAAUGGAGGAUCAUGCACAGAGGUGACAUCGGGACGCAGCCCCUAAUGCUCAUCACUCCAGAGCGACCUAUAUUAAGAUAUUAAUUACCUGCUUGAGGAAAUCCUGCAGUCCUUGAGCAGCUUUGUUCAGGAAAUAGCCAACUUCUAAUCCCAGCAUGGACAUUGGCUUGCUCUGAGGUGUGGGGCAAAGCGUUUGCUGUCUUCCCCGCUCUCUUCUAUGUUCGCUAUGUGGGGGAACGCUGGCCUGCCUCUCAGGGGCGUAGUGAGGAUGAUUUAAUCAUGGCUUACUUUUGGGUGGUGUGGAACACCCUGAGCUCCCAGUGACUUCAGCUGAGAGUUGAGUAAAUUGAGCACGAGGCCUGAGAUCCUUCAAACCUAAGAGAUUUUGGAUCUGUGCUUCAGUGGUAUGUGUGUGCGGGUUUGUAAUGACACUUGUCUCUAUUGUAUCCCAUGACCCCGCUGGAGGGAUGCAUUGGAUGGGGCGGGAGGAUACCGUAGCAUCUAUUUGCUUGUUUGUUCUCACAUCCUCAUUAGAGAGGACAGAUAAAUAGUGUGUUAUCCCUUCUCUCCAGGGAGCGAGCAGACAAGAGCGCCUGUGAGCCCUUGAUUUCUAUCUCAGCCAUCGAGUAAGGCAGUCCAGAGAGAGAGGCCUUUCCUGUCACUUGUACAGAAUGGCCAGGAAAUUGUCUUCACUCCACUUUGCACCUGUGCUGCUCUGCUAUGACCCUGCUGGUUAUGAAACUCAUCUCUAGCCCUGCUUUAAUCACCUCCGUGACUGUCGCUGGCAAAUCUUAAUGCAAAUAGUUGAAUGCAAUCUUAAUGCAAAUAGUACAUGUGUAACUGCCUUUUUGACUUCGAUGUUGCAGCUUUGAUGUUGCAGUUUAUCUAUCUUAUUGGUGAACCUGACUGUACAACAUAGCAAUUGGUUAUACUCAGUUCUCUGGUGGCUGCUGGUAGGUGUCCUUGGUUUUCUUUGUGUGUUUAUACAGUUCUUGCAACACUUUUGCUCUUUCCCUUGUGGAGCAGUAAUUUUAUUCCACAUGCAUUUGUGGUAACUUCAUUGAAAUCGCUGCAGAAAGGCUGUUUGCCAGGUACUGAAUACUCUUUUUUCUUUCCUAGAAAGCUUUGCCUGUUGCGGCUGUCUGCUGCCAUAGAUGUUAGUCUGAGGUUAACUCUGGGAUAUACAGUGGAAGGUGUGGUGUUUGUCCAUUUGUAGCCAUUUAACAUGAAAUGUCCAAAGCACUUCCAGUACUCAGCCCUGUUUCUUUUGCUACAUUGAAGAAAUGAUUUUGCUUAAGGGUGUGGUGUCAAAAGAAACUGAAAAACUUUUGCCAGUAAAAUGUACUAAGCUCUAAGGCUGGGCCUUAGAAAUGCCACGUCCAUCCAGACAGCAAGAAGAAUGUUUUGGAACUGGGAGCUUGGAGUCGGCCGCACUUCUCGCUCUGUUCCCAUCCAGCCGCCGACAGCUUUGACCUUGGACUUGUAAUCUCUGCACUUUAGUUUCCCUUCUUGGGAUAAUACUUGCGUUUAUAAAGUGCUUUGAAAUUCUCCAGCAAAAGGUGCUGUAUAAGGGCAAUGUAUUUCUGUCAAUGAAUGUAGCAGGACUCGAUUUACAUUAUUGAACUGAUCAUGCAACAACUUUUUUUUUUAAAGAAAACCUUUAUAGGUUCCCUUGCUUUCUGAUGGAGAGCUUCUCUGUCUAGUUUUGCACCACUGAACUGUCACAGUGGCUGUGAUCAUCAGUUAUUUUCUUUUAAUGGGGAAAAACGGUAUUUUAAAACCAUUUCGUGGAUCCACUUGCCCUGAAUGUCUCCUGUUCCCCUCCAGUCCCAUGAGGUAUUCCAGCCAUUGCAUAAGCCAAGCGCACAUCCUACAACACCUGUGAGAGUACCCCCCGCAGAAAGUAAUAUUCCAUGAAUUCAUGUGUGCGGUUUAUCACCGUUGCAAAUACUUUCCGAUGCUAACUAUAUGAUGCUCUGAGGAAUGGAAAUCUAAUGACUUCCUAUAUUUCAAAGGCAGUGUGCUUGUCUUUCAUUUCCAUUGAUCAUAAAAUCAGACCUUUGGAAGGGACUUCAGGCAGCAUCCCUCUAGACUGACCCUUUGCAUAGAUGCAAUAUUUUACUAUCCCUAAACUAUCCUAGCCAUGACAGAAGGGAAGAGCUGAUGCGCCCUUUGGAACAGCAGCAGCUUCUCCCUUUUUCAAAUAGUUAGUGUACAUUUGCCCAUCCCUUGAGCUGUUGUGCUUCUGAACUGUAUGCCAAGCCCUUCUCAAUGGAGAACUUAAUUUAUGUGAGAUACUCGGAAAAUCUUUCUCACCAGGAGGGUAGUAAAGCACUGGAACAGGUUACCCAGAGGGGUGAUGGGUUCUCCAUCCUUGGAGGUUUUUAAGACCUGGGUAGACAAAGCCUUGGCUGGGAUGAUGUCGCUGGGGCUGGCCCUGCUUGGAGCAGGGGGUCGGACUAGAUGUGACCUCCUGAUGUCCCUUCCAACCCUCCUUUUCUAUGAUUCUCUGCAUAGAAAUGAAAACACUUGCUGGUUCAGUUACUUUUUUCCAGGCAUCUAAUGCACAUGUUCUCACUGGAAGAUUAAGAGAACUCAUAUCUGCCCUCACUUGUAGCACCAAGAAACCGGCACGUUCAAGUCCAACUUAUGUCUUACCCUUGUCAUAUGCCAGUCAUACCUCUUGCCAAGCAGGGAGGGGUGUGCCGUCUGAGUCGAGACGAGUAACAUUUCUGCGCUCCGGAUCUGAAUAACUUCUUUGGAAUGGUUAUAAACAGGCAUAUGUCGGCAGGAUGGGAAUUUCCUUCAGAAGCUGUUAACAGCGCAUCCUUCAGCGAUAGGAUUUUAAUUGCACUUUGUACCUAAUGUGAAACUCUGUAACAUUUUUAAUUGCAAUUCCAUCGUUUCCCUCUCCAAAUGCAUACAUCCCUUAGGAUAAGGGACUGUGUUAAGAAUUUCAGGUUGAUGUGCCUUGUUUUGUCUUCUACUCUUAACUUUAAGAUAUAUAUUUUAAAUAACAGAUUCAUAGAAGUUCUAUUUAAAUGAUAAAGCAAUGCGACUAUUUUACCAAAGCUGCAGUAGCGCACAAAAUGUCCAGCCUGGCAGCUGCUCCAUUAUAUUUUAUAUGCUAGAAUGAAUGUUUUAGAUGGUGCCAGGAGAGAUGCCAAAAAAAGGCAUCUCUUUGUUGUACUUUGUAGCUCCCUGCGUGUCUUCAAGUACCAUCUGUGGACUUUGACACAAGCAUAUUUGCAGCCCUGUGUGGGCAAGACAGAUAGUUACAUUAUGCUUCAGGCCUCACCAUGAGACUUAUCCUACUUUCUUUGCAAUCUAAGGGAGCAUUGCUAUGGUAUCGCUAGGAGUGAGAUCAAGCCGCAGGGAAUCUCAAUCUAAUCCUGCCUUGCUGAAUCUUAAUUACCAGGGAUUAAUUAAGAGAAGGGAGCCCUGCUAAAUAGGUCUCCAACUGGAUAGAUCCUCUUCUUCACUUGCAAAGUGAGCUAAUGUGAUUUUUUUUUUUUCUUUUUAUCAGCGAGGUUGAAAUUCCUCCCUUGGUAGAGGGUUAUCGCUUUUGUCUUUUUGCUCCUUUUCCCACUGACGAACAAACAGCGGAUCUCUUCAAUGCUGUCUUUGCAAGAUUGCUUUUCUAGCCCUAUCUGUGCUUUGCUUGAGUCUCUAAAAUGAAAAAACUCAAGGUCAUUGGGGCGGCGGGGCGGGGGUGCAAACAAGCAGAUAGAACUUAAUAAAACCUAUCUUGCAACUUGUUCCCAGCCCGUUUCUUCUCUAGUGAUGUCACUUUGCUCCAUCCGAAUGUGCUGCUCUCGGCCAGUUUGUUCUAGAACAACAACUUUUUAAAUUGCCGUUAGUUUGUCUUAAAUCCCUUGCUAUUGAUUUGAUUGGAACAGGGAUUUGCGUUUUAACCAAAUAUUUAUUUUGUUGGUAAAUCACAGGUUCAAUUUAUGCAGUGUCUAUGGAUUUCCUGACUAUUUGUAGUUAAAAGAGAAAAUGUGAAUUGCUAAUAUUCGAUAUGGAAUCAGUGACCGAGUUCUUUCUCUGGUCUGCAAAAGAAUGAUGGUUGUACCAUAAGAAACAUUUCAGAGGCUGAUUUUAUACCGUGGCGCUGCAGUCUUCAAAUGGGCCCCUUGAACGGUUUUGGUGCAAGACGGGCUGAUGCUCAGGGGUGUCUGCAGCUCAGCCCCUCUAGCUGGGCGCACACAAUUAGUGGCCGCUUUUGAACAUUGUGGCCUUUGCAUUUGAAUGUAUGUAGCUGUGUGUCUGCAAAGGUAUACUCCAUUUCUGCUCACAGGAAUGCAUUCCCCUGACUCACGAUCGAACCACCACUAGGACAUUUCCGUGUACAGAAGGUGCAUCUCAUAAAACCAGCAAGAUGUCUCACGUGGUUAACUUUUCAAAGACAGGCCUGCAAAAUAGCCAUUGUGGAAAUUUUUGUUCUUAAUGUUUUGUCUUGGAGCUGUAAACCUUCUUGUGGAUCAGAUAAAUAAAAUGAAGUAACCCUGAA